GGGGUGUGUUAAUUAGGUCCGCCGUCACGGCGGCGGCGACGACGCUUACGAAACGAAGGGGCUGUGAGUGAUUGGCAUUGCCCCGUAGCCUAUGAGGCGGCACAACCGAGAUAGGCGCGAGCAAGGAUUGGGCCGUGGCCGGGAAAUGCCACCAACGUGAUGCGGAGGGCGGGACGCAGGACGGUGCUGGCUCCAAGCUAAUACUCGAUCUUGGGCCUUGGCAAGAGCGGAGGCGGCGCCUGCACGGAGGCAGUGCACUAUUUCUCUGGAUUCACAUGUAACGAGGACAGCGGUGAACAAGAACCAUGGCAUCUGAAUUGGAGAACUUAAAUCCAAGUGCCAGAAUAAUGACAUUCCACCCGACUGCAGAUGAGUUCAAAAACUUCAGCCGUUACAUUGCAUACAUAGAGUCCCAGGGAGCUCAUAGAGCUGGACUGGCAAAGGUUGUUCCUCCCAAGGAAUGGAAGCCACGUAUGUGCUACGAUGAUAUUGAUGAGUUGGUGAUCCCUGCUCCCAUUCAGCAAGUGGUUACUGGCCAGUCAGGCCUUUUCACACAGUAUAACAUUCAGAAGAAAGCUAUGUCUGUCCGAGAGUUCAGGAGGAUAGCAAAUAGCGACAAGUACUGCACACCUCGUUAUACUGAUUUUGAAGACCUUGAACGCAAGUACUGGAAGAACCUCACGUUCAAUGCGCCAAUUUAUGGUGCAGAUGUAAAUGGCACACUCUAUGAUAAGCAUAUAGAUGAGUGGAAUAUUGGCCAUCUGAAUACAAUUCUGGAUAUAGUGGAAAAUGAAAGUGGUAUUACUAUUGAAGGAGUAAAUACACCUUAUCUCUACUUUGGGAUGUGGAAAACUUCCUUUGCCUGGCACACGGAGGACAUGGACCUCUACAGUAUCAACUACCUGCACUUUGGGGAACCUAAGUCAUGGUACUCCAUACCUCCAGAGCAUGGAAAGCGGCUGGAGCGGCUGGCUAAAGGGUUCUUUCCUGGAAGUGCUCAGAGCUGUGAAGCUUUCCUGCGUCACAAGAUGACCCUGAUCUCUCCAUCAAUACUGAAGAAAUACGGUAUCCCGUUUGACAAGGUAACCCAAGAAGCAGGUGAAUUCAUGAUCACAUUUCCUUAUGGAUAUCAUGCUGGCUUUAAUCAUGGCUUCAACUGUGCUGAAUCAACUAAUUUUGCCACUCUCAGGUGGAUCGAGUAUGGAAAACAAUCUGUUCUAUGCUCAUGCCGAAAGGACAUGGUCAAAAUUUCCAUGGAUGUCUUCGUGAGGAAGUACCAGCCCGAUCGCUACAAACUCUGGAAAGCAGGGAAAGAUGUGACAGUCAUUGACCACACGCUUCCAACACCAGAGGCAGCUGAGUUCUUCAAUGGAGAACUCCUCCAGAAAGUUAAGAGUGGAAAGCAAUGCCCUGAGGAAAGUGAGCAAGAGGAAGAAUGCAAAGCAGAAGGAGAUAUGGAGGGGGAGGAAGAGAAGAAGAGCGUGCUCAAGCACCGCAUUGGAACCAAGCGUCACCGGGUCUGCUUAGAGGUGCCCCAAGAGCUGAGCCAAAGUGAGGCCUUCCCCAAGGAGGAGCUGAGUCCUGUGCAGUUUGAGAUGGAAGUGGCAGAACCUUCUGUUGGACCUGCUAGAGAGCCUGUGCAGGAAGGGGACCAAGGGCUUACACCCCCAGAAUAUGCAGAUUCCUCCGAAGUAAAAUUUGAAGAACUGAAAAAUGUUAAACUAGAUGAGGAAGAAGAAGAGCCAGAAGCUGCCGUUUUGGAUCUCUCCAUUCCACAUUCUAUGACUUCAGCUUUGGGCCAGUCUGCUAUGAAGCAGAGUUCAGUCUCCAGCCUUCAGUCUGGCCCUUCGUUGUGUUCAGGCUCUUCAGAUUCGGAACCUACUGACCUCCCCAGGCAGAUGUUUGAGCAAGCUGAGGUGCUCACUGUACACAGUUAUGCUAAAGAAGAAGCAAAUGGCAUGGAUGAGGAGCGGCCCUCUGGGAAGAAAGCCAGUGCUACAGCCAGCAUGAAUGAACAGGAGCUUGCAAAAAUGGCAAAGGAAUACAUAAGAUCAGUGAAAGAUCGUAAGAAGUCCAAGGGGCGCCGCCAGCCUUUGAGCAAACUUCCACGUCAUCACCCACUAUUGGUUAAAGAUGGCCUCAGUGAUGAUGAGAUGUCGGAACAAAUGACACCAGAAGAAGAAACUGAGGAGACAGAACCUUGGGCAAAGCCCCUCAGCCAACUGUGGCAGAAUCGCCCUCCAAACUUUGAAGCAGAAAAGGAAUAUAAUGCAGCCAUGGCUCAGCAGGCCCCCUACUGUGCAGUCUGCAUGCUCUUCCAAACUUACCAGGCAGACUGUGGAGGCCAGAGCUCUCCAGCAGUUGUAGGAGCUACUGAUGGAAAAAUAAGAACUAAACCCCUGAUUCCUGAAAUGUGCUUUACUACCACUGGCUGUAGCACAGAUGUCAGCCUCUCUACCCCUUACUUGGAGGAAGAUGGCACCAGUCUUCUGAUUACCUGCAAGCGUUGCCAAGUCCGUGUACAUGCCAGCUGCUAUGGAGUAGCCCCUGAGAAGGCAACUGAGGACUGGAAGUGCUCCAGAUGCAAAGCUAAUGCUCUAGAGGAGAAUUGCUGUUUGUGCUCACUUCGAGGAGGUGCACUUCAAAAAGCCAAUGAUAACAAGUGGGUCCAUGUGAUGUGUGCUGUGGCGGUUCUGGAGGCCAAGUUUGUGAACAUUGCAGAGCGCAGUCCAGUGGAUGUCAGCAAAAUACCGCUGCAGCGCUUCCGACUGAAAUGUGUAUUUUGUAAGAAGCGACGGAAGAGAAUUGCUGGCUGUUGUGUGCAGUGCUCUCAUGGUCGCUGCCCUACAUCCUUCCAUGUCAGUUGUGCUCAGGCAGCUGGAGUCAUGAUGCAACCAGAUGACUGGCCUUUUGUGGUCUUUAUUACUUGCUUCAGGCAUAAGAUCCCUUCCCAGGCAGAGCGAGCCAAGGCUGCCCUACAGGAUCUUGCCGUGGGGCAAGCAGUGAUCAGCAAGCACAAAAAUGGGCGUUUCUACCAGUGUGAAGUAAUCAAUCUGAGCAAGGAAACGUUUUAUGAGGUCAAUUUUGAUGACGGCUCCUUCAGUGAUAACCUAUAUCCAGAAGACAUUGUGAGUCGAGAUUGCCUCCAGCUGGGGCCCCCAGCCGGAGGGGAAGUUGUCCAAGUGAGAUGGACAGAUGGUCAGGUCUAUGGAGCCACAUUUGUGGCUUCGCAUGUCAUCCAGAUGUACCAGGUGGAGUUUGAAGAUGGAUCCCAGCUGAUGGCAAAGAGGGAUGAUGUGUACACACUUAAUGAAGAGCUUCCCAAGAGGGUCAAGUCGAGGCUGUCCUUUGCCUCUGACAUGCGCUUCACAGAAAUCUUCACAGAGAAGGAGGUCAAACAAGAGAGAAAAAGACAGAGGGUUAUCAACUCGCGCUACCGUGAGGAUUACAUUGAGCCUGCACUGUACCGGGCUAUUAUGGAGUAACAAUUGGCAGCAGGAUUGCAGUGCCCACCUCCAGGUGGGACCCAGCAGAGGCCAAACAGACUCUCUUCACAUCCAGGUUUUUUAAAAAAUGAAACAAAUGUACUCAAUUCUGCAGCAGCUGGAACGUGGUGGUCAAAUAAUGAAACAGACGCAGUUGUACUGUCCUGACUGUGACAGACUCCACAUCUAGAGUUCGGGAGCAUUCCUCUGACUGCAAACCAUUUGUCUACAAGAGGCAAAUUUUGAUACCACCCCAGGGAGCAACUAAGCAGUUGCAGUGCUACGGAUGAGCCCCUUUCUUCUCCUGCAUUACAUGUCUAAUUCUGGGAGCCUUUCCCAGUUCACCACAUCUGCACAAAGCUGGCGAUGUUACUGGUGCUUGACAAUGAAUCCCUUUUUAUAUUUAUAACCCUGUUUUUGUCAUAAGCACGUAUUUUUGUUUUGUUUUCAGCGUCACCUCUCUGAGGCAGAGCCGAGUGAGCUGAAGAGGAAAGAGUGAAACUGAUUAGCUUCCUUUAGUCCCAACUUCUCAAAACUUUGAUUAAAUUUUUGCCCCUAUUUUAUAUUCAAAGACUUAUUUACUCACGCGUUUUAAUGGUAAUAAUAUGUGCCUAUGUAAUAGGAAACUGUUUGGAGCCAUUUAGCACCGUGCAUUCCUCAGGCAAGAAAAUCCUGGGAAAUACCCCUUCAUUAAGGCAAUAAGGACUGCAGGGAUCCGAAAGCCCUGUUCCUCCUGGGAAGUCAAUAAUUCGGGCCCAAGAGUGCAGCAAUUAUGCCUUGGGAAAUGGUCAUGGUUAGUCUCUCUGGGAAUAGCUCCUGCUUGUGGGAUGUGGGAAUUAGAGUAUUGACGAAGUGACUUGUUAAAGGUCAGCAUUACUGAUUAUUUCCGUUUGAGAGUUCUGUGCUGUUUUUGCCCCAAAACAUGCAAAUAAAAGUCGCAGCUGGACAUUUGUGAACUUAGGCCUGUCCUGUUGGGCAGGGGGAAAUUAGGAGGUAUGACUUCAGAAGGGUGAGAGUUGCCUCACUGCUGUACAAGGAGGCAACAUCUGCUUGAAAGUGUUUCAGAAAAAGUGGGGAACUAUUUUUCCCUCUCUAGUUAUACAUGUCUCCUUAUAGUUGACAGCCAUACCAUUCUGAACUUGCCCAUCUCAUCUGAUUUUGGAAGAUAAAUGUACCCUUGUGUUAGCUGUUUGCUGUAGCAAAGGGUGUGAUGUCCCUAUCCUGUUAAACUAUUUCUUUUGCUGCACAAGGAUGCUAUAUAGAAGACUUUUAAGGGAGGGGUGCCUUGUCACAUAGCAGAUCAUUUUUAGGCUAGGUCUAGAGUUUUUAGAUUAGCCAUGCAGUAUAAAUUGCAAACUUGUCUAGCAACUGGUUAAUUCAAAUUUGACCAGGUUGCUCUUUGGCCCAGACACACACAGUCUUAAGGCCUCUUUUAGGCUUUUUCUCUUCAUUUUAUUAGUUGAAAUUCUGGGUGCAUCCUGUGACAGUCCAGAACAGGAGGAGGAGAGAUGUAAAUCUGAGUAACCAGUAUUAACUUAUUCUAUGUAUUUGUGUAGAAUAUAAGCUGGCCAGUCUCCCUAAGAGUGGGACAUCUUCAGAAGCUGUGUAUGUGGUAUCUCUUAUUGAAUAGUGUCUGCAACUAAACACCCACAAACAGCAGACCUGAAGGUCAGAAUGGCAAUUGCAAGUGAAGUUGGGAGAGCACUCAGCUCUUUGAUCUUGUAGUUGCCCUGUGAAGGGUGGCACCUCUGCAAAUUUGUGAAUCUGCCUUCAAAAUGACACUUCGAACUUGCUUGAAUGUCUUUUGCUCCACACCACAUUCUCCUUUCCUGCCUUUGUCAAGGUAGAUGGGUUUUUUCUUUCUUUCUUUUUUUUUAAAAAGUGCUUUGGUGUUAGGCAAAAGCCACUUUGGGUAAUAUACUCCUUCAGUCAGUAUUUUUCUGAUUCCCUCAGUAUGUUCAUAUUGAUAAUCAGAGAUGCCACACUCUGUUGCUUUCUCAUUCCUGACCUGGAGGCUAUUGCUGUCACAACUGGCAUUUCUGGCAUUCUGACUCAGGAAGAAUUGUGCUUGCUUGGACUUUUCGUGCAGCUGUGUAACUUGAUAUAUAUGGAAAUUUUUGUAUUGGCCUAUUCUGAGUGUGGCUCACUUACUGUGAUGCUUCAACCCCAGCUAUGGGCUUUUCUGUAUCAGUCUCAAAAUGGAAACCUUAGAAAUUACCACAUUGGGGACUUCUCUCCAUGCUUCUGUCCACAAACAUCUCCUAAUCAAAUCUAGGAGGUGUUAAGUCACCAGAUUAAACCUUUCUUAAACUAUAGCUGCUGGUUAGGGCCUUUCUGAAAAUUUUAUUAAUCAUGUCAGGGUUGCCUACAUCAGUGUGUCUCUGGAAAUGGCUACAGAAUAAAUGUAAAGUUAAGAAUUUAAAUGGAGUGCAGACAAUUUGUAAAGCUGCAUGCAUAGUGACUGAACCAACACACUUUGUGAGAGUUCUAAAUUUAUUCUGUAAAGUCUAAGGAUAUUAUCCAGAAUUACUCAAAACCAUUCUCUCCCCCACCGUAUGCUGUUCUUUCAUGUGGGGGUGUUUUUAUUCAGGUCUAUGAACUACAUUUAGUCUCGAGUCAGGCUUGGAAAUCAGUGUAAUAGUAAAGCAAAUAUACUGUCCUCCAAAGUGCUGACUGUUGAUUUAUUUAGUAUCUGUUGAUGCAAUAACUGACAAAUUCCCACCCUUCUUAUUGAUGUUUUAAUCAGCUUUUGAGGAGUUAAACUCCAAUUUCUUAGCUUCUCCCCCAUUUUGAAUACAGCUUUCUAUAGUAGGAUGAAGUGGGCUCAGCAUGGAGCAGAGCAGACUGAACUAUGUGAUAUGGAGUGAUCUGCUUAUGACUCUCCUCCUCCAUGUGGACUCUUAAUCAUUUCUGACCUGUCUACAGUUAUACUGAUUUUUGGAAUGCCGGUGUGGGAUGGAUACAAGAUAGGCAGCUUUAUGUAUUGUUUUCAACCUGAUCUAGUAAUAUAAUUUCAGUCUAGACUCAAAUGAUUAAAUCUGAAAGACUUCAA